GGCACUGCCUGCGUCUGGGCUAAACCGAAAAGACCAGAGAAAAUCAAAGGCAUCCACCACCGCGAUACGUUGGUAGCUUGGACCUCUGGUCUCUCUGGGUGUUGAUUUCGUUGGCUGGCGUUUCGACUUUGGCUUAUUAUGGUACAGUACCGAUACAUGUCCAUACUAGUAGUUUCUUUUCUUUGACCGCCCAGGCUUGAUCUCUGGUUACAUAGGCACAAUCAUUAUUCCCUUGGGCCUUUCCAACUGAACCACUUGCAACUCAACGGACAAGACAUCAACGCUCGCUGAAGUGACCUUUUUUCUUUUUUAUUUUGUCACCGCCGCCCUGAGGUUCUUCUCGACCCUGUCGCUCGCUCCAACCUUCAUUUUGUGUGCUGCAGCCCACGACGCGUAUCACCCAGGGAAACCUGUUCGUAUUAUUGCCCAAAAGAUCGCCGAAUCGCCUCUCCACCAUCCACGAGUCCCCGUCCACCCACGCCAUCACCAAAUACUUAGUACGAUCAUCCUCACGCGGUCACGGCCCCCUGUCGACUGUCUGCGCGUGCUCAGCUCCCUGGGCUCCUGGGUCUGCCCAUCCAUUGCGAAUUAGCACUUCUCCGGCCGUCCCCACUUGACUGUCUGUAACGGGGUCCUGUCCGUUCAACACCCACCGGCGCCCUCCCAGUCCUUGCGACUUCGAUCCGCUACGGCGCCUUUUUGGUUUUGGAGAGGGGAAGUCAACUACUACAACAGCGCAUAAACUCCAUCCCUACAUAUCACAGCUUAAGCCUGACGGCUGUAAGAUUCAAGUACGGCAUAUGCUUGCGACUGCAGCAAGUGGAAGGUGACAGCAGAUUCAACAAGGACGGAAGCAUAGAGAGCAAAGUCUGACGGGCUGCAGCUGUCUGCAGGCAUUGCAACUACAUACGUACGAUUUGACAGUUGACUGCUGUACCAGACGACCCUGAUAACCCCCGCCGCCUGUCAUGGCGGCUGUCACUGUUUCGCCGGCUGCGUCGCCGACCUCGACAACCACCAGCCCGCGUAGGAAACCUGUUCCUACGACAGGGUUGCCCGCCAUUGCCUCCAUCGAGCGCUUCGAAUGGAAUGACAAUGCGCCUCCUCUUCCCGGCGUCUCUCUGGCCGAAUCGCCUCGGAUCCGUGAGUCGCCUGUUACGCCCGUGAAGGUUAACUUCCAAUCCGACGGCUGGGCUCAACCGUCCAACGCCAAUAUCGAAACAGACCGGUCGUACGACGGCUUACAGCCGAUCUCAGGCGUCCUCGAUCAUGCCCUCCCCGCGACCCCAGAUGCUCCGACUCCUCCGCCCCAUGCCCUAUUAAACGAAGAGCCGAGGCAAGAGAUGUAUAGCCAUUCGGAGGCUCGGAGCGCACAGUCAGCAUGGAAGGAGUCUGUGAAACCAUUGCCGGGGCUAGAAGUGCCCAGUGUGGCCAGGUUGAAGCUAGAAGCCUCUGGCCAAGACGAUCUCUCAUCCGAUUCUUCGCGAGCGAGCCAUGGAAGAGUUGCCAAUCGUCGAAGUCGAGAGUCCGAUACCACCGUUAGUACGUCUAAGCAACCUAACUCAAACGAUUCAUCAACGGCAACCAGCGCAAGUUCGGUGUCUGGCGUCAUUGAAGCUUCCGACUGUCCAGACAACUCUGGCCAUAUCUCUCUUGAGAGCUCCAUCCUCGAGGAUGGCUCUGCUCGGGCGGAACAGGUGCCCCAGCUCGCCUACCAUCAUUCUGCUUUCCUGCCGCGGCCGGCUAGCAUAGCUGUAGACCAGGACCUAAGAGCUCGGUCAAACUCUAGCCUUGUUGAUACCGGUGGUGCCAUCAACCGUCACUUGACGCCCAACUCUUUCAACAGACGAAGUUCAGUGCCACGUCCGCAGUCUGCGUAUUCGGUGUACUCGGACUUUGGGUCUCGGGGGCACUCCCCUGGUCUACAAAAUCGAACGCCAUCCGCAAAUUCUCGAAAUUCACCUGAUAAUCGACCACAGUCUUUUGCCGAGCUUUUGAACGUUCCAUAUCCCCAACCGGCACCUGCGCCCCUCACACUCGAUAACUCCCAGUUACGUAGUGUAGUUGGCACUAAUGCUUCUCUCCUCAGCGCCCAGAAAACGUUGGAGAUGUACAGGCAGAAUGUCAAGAAAACCACGGACUUCUCUACUCAGUAUUCCUUUGCCGUUUUUCUGAUCAACACAGCAAAGGAGCAGGGCCUGAACUUUGACGAACUCAGGAAUUCUAAAAAUCUUAAACCUGGGCGAUCUUCAGAAACUCUAUCCGCAGAAGCCAACCAAUCUUCGCCAUACGAACUAGUGCGGGAAGCGCGGGCCAUCCUACAGAAAUUGUCCAACAACGGCUUCCCUUUUGCACAGUAUUAUCUCGCUGACGGCUAUGCCUCCGGUUUGUUCAACAAGGGAAAGGAGGACUACAACUCGGCGUUCCCUCUGUUCGUGUUAGCUGCCAAGCAUGGCCACGCAGAGUCCGCUUAUCGCACUGCUUUAUGCUACGAGUUUGGCUGGGGCUGUCGCAAAGACCCUGCCAAGGCCGUGCAGUUCUUGCGAACAGCAGCCUCCAAGCGGCACCCUGGCGCCAUGACAAGGCUGGGAAAGGCCUGUCUGUCGGGUGAUUUGGGCGAGAAGAGAUACAGGGAGGGUGUCAAGUGGCUGAAGCUCGCCACCGAGUCCGCUGAUGCGAUUUAUAAUGCCGCUCCAUAUCAGCUUGGAUGCCUGUACGAGACAGGCUAUGGUGACGACAUCUUCAAGGACGAGAGUUAUGCGGCUGAGCUGUUCACCCAAGCCGCCGAUCUGGGCCAUCCCGAAGCCAAUUAUAGGAUGGGCGAUGCCUACGAGCACGGGAAGCUCAACUGCCCAAGAGACCCUGCUCUUAGCGUCCACUUCUACACGGGCGCUGCGGAGCGUGGCCAUCCUGCUGCCAUGAUGGGUCUCUGCGCUUGGUACCUGGUUGGAGCAGAUCCCAUCCUAGAAAAGGACGAAGAGGAGGCAUAUGAAUGGGCCAAGAGGUCCGCAGAGCUUGGGUAUGUAAAAGCACAAUAUGCUGUUGGCUACUUCACGGAAAUGGGCAUAGGAUGCCGAAGGGAUAUUUUGGAAGCCAACCUCUGGUACGUCAAGGCGGCCGAGGCAGGCGAUGAGCGCGCCAAGCAGCGGUUGGCAGUCAUCCGCGCGGCCGUCAGCGGAGGAACGCCUAUGGAGGUCGCUCCGGCUCGAAAUGCUAAGAUCAAGAAGAGUGCGGAAAAGGAUGAUAAGGAGUGUAUCGUCAUGUAAGAGACGAGACCUUUCAUAUCAUCAGCAGACCAACAAACACCAGACAGAAUCCGACACCUUGCUCACGCUGUUUCGGCGAAGCCGACACGAGCCAGCCUGCCAGGUCGUGAUCGAGUGGGUUUGUUUUUUCUUUUUGGAUACCCUUAGUCGUCGUCGCUUUUUCGACCUUGCAUACCCGCACGUGGACCUUACCACUCAUAUAAAGAGUUGUUUUGCUCCUGCUUCAGGGGUUGUCUGAUAGACAAUGUCUCUACUGGCUAUCAUCUCGAUCAAUGAGUUCAGCUACGUGUCUGGCAUCCGACUGCGCCAUCGAGUUCAAAAUCCCUGAUAUCAUUGCUUUCUCCCUCAUUUUGCGACGGUGAUAGGCAGCUCAUAGUGUUUCGGAUAUGCAACCCUGAUGAAGGAGUUGUUGUGAGUUGUUGAGGAACUUGGUUGUUUCUUCCUUUUCUCUAUCUCUGAAGGGUUGACUCUGGCACUCUGGCCGUCACUGCCGAAGAUCGGCUUUUACAAAACCUGUUCAGUCUUAACAGCCCGGGCUCUGAAACUCGGUGUUAUACAUUCGUUUUUGAUGCAUUUGCAUGGCCGUUGUUCAAGGAAAGAGAAGCCAAGAUCGGAGAUACGACACCUUCUCUCAACUUUGUCAUCCACGGAAAUUCAAACCUUGGCGUUUUCACCAUGGUAUGGUGUGUGUACACUUCAUUUUCUGUUGCACUCGGCUGCGGGGUUGUUUGGAUUUUGUUCAUCCGUUUCGCACUCUCGGCGGGAAUGGAGAUGGUUCUUGUCUGUCGGUCAGUCAUUCAGACACAGACCAUAGGAACUAUUCAGAGAAAAAAGAAAAGUGACAGAGGGAAAGAAGGUGGUGAAAAGUGUCGGUUGGGCCAAGAAAUAGGAAAAGGGAUUGUGAGUCAAAACGUAUAGUACGUCGUCUCUUUGUACAUACUGGGACGAGGAUACAUGGAGGGAGGGAGGAGACAGGUGAAAAGCAAGAUGGGAUUGAGCAGAAGUAGUCCAGCUUGGGAGUUGGGGAGUAUGGGAGCAUGGGGAGCAAAGAACGAAUGAGAAGUAGAAUAAUAAUAUUUCCUGGCUAGUAUCAAUUUAAACUGUUCAUGGUCAGAUCAGGU